AUGGGCUUCUCACGGCGACGGCUUCCCUUGCUGCAGAGCACAGGCCCGAGGGUGCUCAGCCUUCGGGUCUUCCUGGACCAGGAACUGAUCCAGCAGCCGCUGCACUGCAAGCGGCUGCAGCAGGAGGUCUCAGGGCUCCGUGAGGAGUUCAGGAAGCAGGAGGCCCGCUGGGCAGCCACCCACCGUGAGCUCCGGGCCCAGGUGGACGCGUUGGUGAAGCAGAACCUGGAGCUGCGGGCUGGGCUAAGGGCCUCGGAGCGGCGGCGCCUGGAGGCCAAGCGGAGCGCGGCGGGCUCGGUGCACGUGAGAAGACACUCAGAGGCUCGGGUACCGGGGCCUCUGUUUGCCAGCCCAGAGCAUCACCCACACAGCCGUGUGCUUGGUGCUGGGGUGUCAGAGUCUGCUUUUGGGAAAAUGUCCCCUCUGCCAGCUGAUACAGGGAUAACGCCGAAACACGCUGGCCAAAGUAACAGCGCAGCGCUCCUAGGACUGCCUUCAGGAAAGCUAAUAAGCAGAGAGACAGAGAAAACUGACUCAGGGAAACCGAUACCAUGUGAAGAUGGAGAUAAAGCUCUUUCCAGAAGGCUUCAAGACAGACAUGCAAAGCCUCGUGGGAGGAAACAAGCCUCUGAAGAAAAGCCAGCCCCGUCUGAGGAUGGAAAGGUGCUCCAACAAUCACCCCAAAGUCUGCAGAAAUGGAGCGGCAGGAGGUCCCCAGCGCCAGCUGCUCUUGCGGUCGCCCCCCAGGACCACGGAGCCAAGGAUGACCCAGACACGUGCUCCUCGCCCUCCAGGAGUGAUGCAAGCAGGCUCCCCGCCCUGGUCCCGACGGAUGAGCCCACGUGUUCCUCCCCAAGCAUCUCCGAGGAGCCACAGGACCUUCCUGUAGAACCAGAGUUGCCCCCAGAUGCAUCCCAGCAUGAGGACACCAAGAUGAAACAGGAGGAGGAGGGGGAGGGCCAGCACCCCAAGGACAAGGGGGAACAGGCACUCAGCAACAGUUGUAAAAUGGACACUUUCUCAAAAGGCACCGAGAAGGAUGUACGUGCUGACAAGACCACCACCCACGAUGUUCCAAUUGGGACGUGA